CUAUAGUUGUCCAUAUGCUGAGGACAUUGUUAAAACAGUGGUGGAGAAACACAUAGCCAUGGAUCGAACUCUUGCGGCUCCUCUCUUACGCAUGCAUUUCCAUGACUGUUUUGCGCGAGGCUGCGAUGGGUCAGUACUUCUGAAUUCCACAGCGAACAACGUAGCAGAAAGAGAGGCCGCUCCAAACCUGAGCCUGCGCGGAUUUGAAGUAAUUGAUGAAGCGAAAGCAGAAUUGGAGAAGAAAUGUCCAGGCAUCGUUUCAUGUGCUGACAUCAUCGCACUGGUUGCACGAGAUGCUGUCGUUUGUAACGGAGGACCAUUCUGGGAGGUGAGGACUGGACGAAGGGAUGGAGUGAUAUCCAUUAUGAAUGAGGCUUUGGACAAUAUUCCAUCCCCAUUUUUUAACUUCUCAAAAGUUCAGGCAUCGUUUGCAAGCAAAGGGUUGAAGAUUUCAGACCUAGUUGCUCUUUCAGGUGCACAUACGAAUGGAAUGGGUCACUGCAAUUCAUUCAGCAACAGACUGUAUAAUUUAACGGGCAAAGGAGACAUGGACCCUUCCCUGGAUGCCAACUACGCUCAAUUUUUAAAGAGUAAAUGUACCAGCCUUGAGGACAAUACAACCACAGGAAAUGACUCCGCCCUUCUUACACAUUCCAUCGCCAAAGAGUUUGUGGAUAGGCAAUUGAACACGGACAGUUUUCUCGAAAAUUUCAAGAAGUCCAUUCAACAGAUGUCCGAAAUCGAAGUGCUCACCAGAACGGCAGGGCAAAUCAGGCAUCAGUGUUCCUUCGUGAACUAAGAUCGGAUGUAUUG